ACUGUUCGAAUACUAGAGAAUAGCCGGUAGUUCAGCUAUUCAGCAACACAGCUAAGCCCAUCCCGCGGGGGCGCGUCCCUUCCCUUUCACUAUUGUCACACAGAACCCUCGCCGCGAAUCAUAUGCAAAAAGCAACACACAUGGUGACGAGACCCGGGCACACAUACAUACACAUCUGUCCAUCUUAUCUGCUUCCAGAAUGCGCACAGUUGAUGCGCACCGGGCACAUGCACUUGCAGACAUGCUCUCUAACUGGUUUCUGCGUUUUACCUUCAUUUUAACAUCUUCCAUCUAACACUUUUCGUUCCCAUCUCUGCUUUUCCGUUGUUGCUGCUGUUGUUGUUGUUGCUGUUGUUGUUAUCUCUUAUUAGUAUAGCACGAGCUAGUUCCGCUUGUCAAUAGCAUGGAAGUUUUAGCCAAAUAAUAGUCUCAUAUCGUAUCGCUGAUGCUAUGAGUGACGAUAGAGCGCAACGGAUAAUAAGCAUAUAAGUACCGAAAGGAGAGGAGCACGAAACCAAUCCGUAAUUUUAAUAUUAAGGUGAAAAGAUAUUGUAAAAGCAAAAAACAAACGUAUGUUUUCCAACCCUCCGUAUAAGGUUAACUAUACAAUUUGGAAACCAUUUGCCCCCCGGACUGCGAGCUAGGCUACCGUGGCGGAAUGUUUGUCACCGGUAGACAGUGACUCCGGGUAACUUAACCGUGUGCCCAAAACGAAAGCAACCGAGAAACAGCACUAAACUUAAACAAUCAAUCCCAUGGACACGGACACAGGCGCGGAGUAACGAGCGAAGCGAAGUAGCGCGUAUCGAACACUUGGUGCUGGGAGCCAAAGUACUACUAGAUCGUGGCCGCUAGAGAGCGCGCGUUUGAUUAGAGCAGAAUUUGAUAUUGUGUAGGCACGUAACAAUCAGGAAAAAUCUAUUGUUCCACCACCUUGCAUCACCACAAACAAAAAAACUCACACACGACCCCCAUCAUGAAGCGUAGUUUAGGAUCUCAAAAAUGUCAAAUUAGUGUAAGGGCCGCCGCCACGCCGUAACGCGAAACCUUCCCUGUUUUCGGGUUUUUGUCGGGACAAUGGGCCUCCUUAUGCGAAAUGCAUGGGCAUUUGAAAUGGAGCUUCACCGACGCUCUGCGAGGAAUAGGAAUGGAAGGCGUGAUAUGUAAUGUGCCAUUAGCGAACUUAAUCCCUCCCCCUCCCCAAACACCUUCUCCCUUCCAUCCUCUCUCCGAAACCAGCUCGAACCGAUGAUAAUUGACUUAUCUUAUAGAGAAGAAUCGCACGUUAGCGAGUGCACCGCUGUGUACCGCUCGUAGAUGGAAUAGGCAAUGGUCCUCGGUGGUCUAAUUCCUUCCAAUCCGUCGAUCCGAGAUAACGUGACCAGGUGACGCUACUCUUGAAAUGGACCAAUAGAAGCGAAAAUAGAUGGCGGAAGAAAACGCUUGGGAAACAUUGUGUGAACACGGAUAGCACGUUUUUUUGGGGACUGUCUUCGGGGCUCCUAGGAUAGUGGGAUAUUUAGUGAAACAACUAGCGAAAGCGAAAGCGAAAGCGAAGAAAAUCUAUUGUAAAUAAUGGACCGAGAGUUGCGUUAACGCAAGAGGCAGAAAGAAGCAGUGUAUUAAGUGAAACCAAUUAGAACAAUUAACAGACCCCUGUCGAGAGGAAAGAGAGAAAGAGAGAGGAUGUUCGAUCCGAAAAUCCUUAUAAGCAGAGAAAAAGCAAACCAACCCCUAGUAGAACUCACAGCACUUUGUGUCAUAGUUGGAGCAGAUGUCGUCAUAGUCGAUCCUCUGUAUAUGUGUGUAUACUUGUGCAUGUGUGUAUGUGUGUUUGUUCGGGAGAUAGAUGCUCCAACCGAGAAGGAGGAACCAAUUCUAUGAAUGAUCGCAGGAGCUGCGCACCUUUUCGGCAGAGGAAGGGGAGAUCGAUAAAAAGGCUAAGCUUCUGAAGCUGGUCCUGGGUCCUGCCAUGGGUCGCUUCGAUCGCACUUUCUUCGGUGAUACCGAACUACCCCUUUGCUAGCGAUUAGCUUCCGGUGGCGACGGUUUUGUACAACGUUUCUCAACCACUCCCUAAAUCAACCAAAAAUAAUGCGAAUAAGAUACGAUGUUUCAGUUUAGCCUCAGAUGAUGUGCUGUGGUGUGUUUGUGUGUGCACGUUAGGGGAAGAUACAUUACGUACGGUAGUCAUCUACUGCAGCAGUAUACGCCUAGAACGCCAUCCGUGACUUCCCUUGCUGCCCCUUGGUGACUCCGUGCAGGCUGGGCCUGCAAGAUGUAAACCGGAAGGGGCACCGUUUGAUUCCCUGUAUGUUGCGUGGAGACGACGAGACGACGGACAAGUGUUAUCAAAGCAAAUUGUAUUGUUAAGACUACCACUACUAUCGCUACACUAGUAGAAAAGAUGGACAGCAUACACGCACACACACAGACACACAAACACACCGAAAGCGUAACGGAGCCUAUAGUGUCGCAGGAAGUUUAAGCAACAAGUUCUGUUACGCUAUUGCUAUCAUUAUGAUCAUUAUUACAAUUAUAUUAUCCUUAUUAUUAAAAUUAGUAUCAUUAUAAUUAUUAUUAUUAUUAUUAUUAUUACUAUUAUAUUAUAGUUUUUAUCACUACGAUUAGCACUGCAGGGUGAGAACGUGUAACCUCCCCCCACGAGAGAACUAAUUAACGAUCUGGACUGGAUGGAACUAUUGAGAGGAAAUAAAAAAAAACCUAUAGAUGUAACAAUACAACGUGGAAAAUCCG